UUAGGAUAAACAGUGAGGCAAGAUUCCAUGUCCUUAAUAAUUGCGCUAGCAUUGAGAAUCGAUGUGAUAGUAGUUAUAACAACUGGUGGAAAGAUGAUAUACUCUCACACCUAGAUGACAUCAAUUGUAAAACCUUGUUAGCCAAUGAAUCUGAGAAUUUCAAAUUCAAAGCUCAAGCUAAUGGGUUAGGGAAGGGGAAAUCCCUUCCUACAGUGGCUAAAGCUUCUUCACACAUCCCAGAGUCUGCUGAAGUGAGUUCGUCAAACGAAUCUGAUCAUGCACUCCUUUCAUCUUGCAUAUCUAAGGGUAUUUUCAAGAAACAAGAUAUAGGCUCAAAUUGUGGAAGUAUUCCAAGCACAAUUGUACCAGUUGAUAGUCUUGGUUCUACUAAGCAGACAAUUCAAGAGAGGUGUCAAACAAGAGCUACAGAAGCUGAGCAUAAUUUAGCUUGUGCCCGGUCAGAAGACGGUGCAAAUCAUACGACUACAAAGUCUCCCACAAGCAGGGUUAACCCAUCUUGUGAUGCUCUGAAUGACUUAUCAUCAUUUUUAGAAUUAUCACCGCGAUCCCGAAAUAAAGCUUUUCCUCCACUUUCAGAUCUUGCUACAUUAAAUUCCAUCCCAGGUAUUUGUGGAGACCAAAAUCUUGACAAUGAUAUCAUUGGAGCUUUAUUUGAUGACAACGAUCGAAGCAUAUCCAUUAUUUUUAACAGUGGUGAAAUUCUUUCUUUGGUUGAUGGAGAAAAUGUCAAUCCAUGUGAAGGGGAA